AUGGAAUGGCACUGGGUCCCCCGGGCCACCGAAAUCUUCGAGGCAUGCGAUGAGGACCCCAAGCUCUCUUUGAUGCUCUCCACGGAGUUUCUUCUUGAGAUUACACGCACCGAGGAGGAGCUAUGUGAACGUGCAGCGAGUUGGAUUCGAGAAUUGAUUCUCAAUGUUAGCAAGAAGUAG